AUGUGCGGCUCCGAGGACUACCUGAAGUGCCGUGUGCACUUUGAGUACAACCUAAUCGAGUCACACGACACGGUAAAAAAAAUCAGGGAGGGUCAUGAAUACACGUUCGUACACACGAAAGGGGGCGAUGAAGAGACUCGCAAAAAGAAGAUAUACCUGUUGGGGUUAAAUUAUGACGAGUGGAUCUUCCUACGCGGGAACUUCCGCUUUCGCCUUUUAAAGGGGAUUGCAAAAUUUAACGGACAGGUAAUGAAGCCAUCGGAGAGAUACACAAAUGUCCGCAUACCGGACUUUUACCCUUUGUUCAGACUUGUGGUGCUGAAUGGAAGUAACGUUAAAUAUGAGAACAACCGAUUUGUCCUUUUUGCAAAGGAUUCUAAAGGUUGCAGUUGUUGCGGGGGGGAGGCAAAGGGGGAAGAAGAGACCACUAACCAAGGAGAAGCACUACAGGGUGGAGAAGAAGUGAAGGUAAUCCAUACGAACAUAACGAAAAGCAGAAGCGAUUUAACUGAUUCGAAACAAAAUAAGGAACCCCAUGAGGGCUCCAAUACGUGUGCUCGCAAAUGUGAAAAAAAUUGCUCCCUGACCGAGUGUGCCAAUAACAUAUUGCAAAAUUAUCUGUAUGGAUUGAAUAUUUUAAGAAGGGACAGUGGUAAGAGGAAGGAAUUCUACGAAUACGUGAUGAACGCGGAAAGACAUGAUAUCAGCACUCUAGCGAGUGUCCACAUGAUGGAUAUCAUAGGCAGGGAAAAUUUUUUGGAAAAGUACCCUAUCAUUAUUGCCUUUGAAAAAAAGAAAGAUUUUCUUUACCAUUUCGCCAAUAAAAAUUGUGAGAAGAAGCUCAACUUGUCCAACUUGGAGCAGAAUAAUAGCCCGUAUAUUGACACCUACCAGGUAUCCUACAUUUUGAGAGAGUUCCUGCGCCACAUACAGAUCAGGAAAAAGUACCUGGUCCGGGACAUGUUAGCGAGAGCAAGUGGCAAGGGGAGCGGCCAUCAUAGCAUCGAGACGAACUUGGACGGCAGGCACGAUAUCGGGAAGGAUGGCAGGCAAGACGAUGGCAAGAGGGACGACACCCGCAAUGAUAAGAGGGGAGACCACCUCAGUGUCCCCCAUGAAGGCGAAGAUAAGGUAGUGGAAAAGGAAGUGUGGGAACCGAAGGAGGAACACACGAGGGACGACGCCUCCAGCGGUGGUGAAGGAGGAAGAACGGAAUUGCCCGAAUUCGGCACACUGACCAAAUUCGAAUGCUGGGAGUUUUACAAAAGAAACAGAAUAAACAGAAAGAUUCACCAAUUUGAUUACGCAUACUACAAAAGAGAGAAAGAAACGAGCAACAUAUUUAGCAUCAUGGUCAUGGGAGAGAAAGGGAAGGGGAAGAGUCUUUUGACCAUGAACUUGGUAAACAAUUUAUUAAAUUUUCACGAAAAAGUAUAUCUGGUAGACAUUGAUGUGGGACAGCCGAUCAUAGGUAUAAGUGGUUUCCUCUCCAUAUAUAAAAUAAAGUCCCCAUUAUAUAAUUAUAAUUUUUUUGAGAAGAAAGCCAAGUGUGUUAAAAAAAUAUUCUUUGGAGGAUGCUCCAUCGAGGAAAAUUUUCGUUAUUACAUUUCGUGCCUGGAACACUUGUACUUUUACUUAUUCCAUAUUUACUUUGAGAAAAAGAAGAGGAAGAGAAGAGUAUCCAAUAAAAUGAACGAGUGCUGCUAUCCUGUGGUGAUUAACACAUUUGGAUGGGUCGAAAAUAUGGGUUUGCUCCUUCUAAACUUAAACAUUUAUCUGAGCAAUUGUAAUUUUAUCGUCCAAAUUGAUUCGCUAAAAUGUGAAGAAAAUGUAAAGAGCAAAUUGAGCAGACAAGAAUUUGUGUCCUACUUGUUUAAUGAUUUCCUGCUGAUCAGACUGGGCAGAAGAAACGACAUCUAUGCCAUCUUAAAUUUGAACAAUGAAAAUGUGUCCCCAAUUUCGGAGCCGUUUUCUCUCUUUAACGUUAUCAGUCAAUAUAGUCACCUGAAGGAACACAAUUUUUUAUUUCACAAAUUUGAUAUGUCUUUCGAAGCGGAGAAAAUUAUUCAUAGUAACCCCUUCUGCGACAGGUCAGGCAAUGAUGUUAAAGCAGGAGAGUGUGGAGCCCACGUGAGGGAUGGUAACAAAGUGGAUGUGAAUACAGGUCAACGGGGAAGCGGUGACUUCAAGGCGGAUGGCCAUCACAGGUACAAUAACAUAGAGGUGGAAGAUAAAGAGAGACAGAAAAGGAUAGAAAACCAAAGUGGUACGAAGAAUCACGAGAUUCAGUUUCGAAGUGAGGAAAAGUACGACUAUUUAAAAAGAAGAAUGAAGUUUUUUUUUGGCUGGAAUUGUGUCAGAGUAAUAAACUUUGUAAGCUAUAAGAAUAUUCUGUCGCAUGGCAAUAUCCAUGAGAUACUGCACCGAUCGGAAGACUGUUCCAUCCAAGCGAGACGAUUAAGGUGGUUUCGGAUUUUUUGUUACCUUUUUUACAAGUAUAAGAAGAUAAUUUUUUAUUCCUAUAGCCCCUCGUUUGGCACCACAUUGAGGGAUCGCUAUCGCCAUUUGGGCGCUUUCUCCGAUGGCCAUUCGCAUCGUAAUUCGCAUCGCAACUGGUAUGGCGGCAUCAGUGGGGGCGAAAUGAAGGAGCUACCAACGUUACACGAGGAAGGGGAUCCCCGAGGAGACAACAAAGCAGCCGUCCUGGAUAAGGGUCUCCUAAAUGGAAGGGAGUUACUUACAAAUGAUAAAUCAUUGGAAGAAGUAUGUCAGGACAAAAUUAAGAACACCGUGAGUGAAUGCGAAGGAAACCAGGCCAAAGACACAACGAAAGAAUGUUCGAGCCAGAUUUAUAAACUGGUUCGAAGCAACGGACCACUGUUCAACUGUGCCAUUUUUAAUUUGAAGAAUAUUAAGUUGAGCAGCUUAAUUUUUAAUAGGCACUACUUUAAUUUGCUUCCCAAUGGGUACUUCAAUGCCAGCAGGUUCUUCUUUAACAAUGUCAUAUGCCUCUGUAAGGAUGUGAAUGCGGGGAGUAGUGUAUCCCGAAAUAAACGCAAGUGGGGGGGAAAUCAUGGGGCGUUAGUAGGGCGUUACCAAAUGGGCGAGAGAUGUGAAGACAAUUUGGAAGCCAACCGGGUGGAUUAUUACAUCGAUCGGUUAUACAUAAAUGCAGAUUUUAAAAAUGAAAAUCGCUUCAUUAAGGAGGAGUACCUGAGGGAGAAUAAUGUCCAGUUAGUUCCCCUAUCGGAGAAUUUCACUUGUCUGUUAACAGCAUAUGUGAAGCUAAUUGAUAACAUGAGACUCAUCAUUUAUCUGCCCUUCUGGUUUCACCAGUUCGAUUUGCUUUCUAGUGUUGAUACCUUCGUUGCCGGGAUGCAGCUUGCCCCCAGGUACAUGGACGACCUGAUUAAUGAGUAUUUAUUUUAUUAUGACGUAGUUACCGAGAAGAGGGUUGAGAUGAUGAACGCCCCCCAAGUGGAGAUUCCCACCGAGGGAGCCCCAGUUUGUUGA